CACGUAUGACACGCGUACAUGGCCGCUGAAGGAAGGCAGGAGGAAGAAGAGUUCAUCAAAGAGUAGGGAUGGGGUGGAAGCUAUGGCCUAUAUGAAGAAUCCCCUUCUGAAGGAUAUUGAUACAGAGUGUUCAGGAGAAUACAGCAUUAUUCCUUAUGCUGUAUCAGAGGGGCCGGUCACAAAUCAUGCAAAAAGCCACUGCAGAUUCCUCUCUUUGGGCUCUGUGCUGAGCUUCGAACUACCUAAGGACAUGACCCUCAUCCCAAGCAUUCAAGACAUCAUUACUAUUGCCCCUCCGGAGUCCAAAAAAGGAGCAGGGACUGAUGCGGACCCCCUCUCGCAGAGACACACAGCCCUGAGCUCUUUCAAACAGACUCGACCCACUCCGGCUGUCACAGAAAUCAGUUUCCCUUCGACAGUUGUAGUAAAAGAUCUGCCCGAUGUGGAUAAGAGCUCCCAACCACCACUCCCUCUUUCCCCGGAAGAAGACGAGGAUCAGACUGUACCAUGCAACGAUCUGUCUAAAGCCCAGUUCAGCCUGCAGGAGGACGCAGAGCAGGAGUGGGACAAAAUGUCAUUAGAGGUUAAAACGAGUGCAGCUGAAAGGGACGGGACCAGCCAGCAGCUCCCAAUUUACGUGAACCAGACACAAAGUACAGCUGCACAUAAACACCAAUGCCCCAGUGUCCACACGCUCAUCCGAGACCUCAAUGGACACCAGUACCAUAAAUGUGCUCACAGUUCGCAUGAAGAGAGUCCUGGGCUUCAGAGUCUGAGCCAAGCGUCUCAUAUGGUUGUGAAUCUGAAGUCGACAGUGAGCGUGAGCGUUCGUCAGGACUCUGUUGACUCUGGAAUCUCCACCUCCAGCAGUAUCAAGUUCUGCACUGAUGCUCCAGAUAACACGCAGCCCAAGGGUGUGGUGGGGAGGCUCAUGUCCUUUGAGGUGGGAGGAAUAGACUGCGCCAAAACCAGGGAGAACAACACUCCAUCAACUGGCUCACCAGAGCUAGAAACAGAGCCGGUCCACCUCGACCACCAGCAGUUUGAGGAAGAAGAAGAAGAACUGGAGGACAUCUGGAACCAGACGACCAACUACAGACAGAGCAUCUGCUCUGACAUCAUGUACCAGCCCAACCAGGAAGAGUCUGCAGAACAAUGCAGAGAGCCGAAUUCCCGCUCACCUUCACCCAAGACCCCGGCUGUGCUCUACAGGAACCUGGUCACAGCCUCAGCACCCAACCUCCUUGUGGCAGAGUUCAAACUCCCCCCCUAUCUCCAGAGUUUGCUGGGUUAUGACAAAGAGCAGGGUCCAAAAGACCACCUCCCUCCACUGGCCACAGGAGACAGGAGGUCCUGGGCGGCCUUUCCUAACAGGGAACCAGCCGGCAAGACCUCAGUGACGGUUAACGAGACGGCGUCCGAUCCUGUGAAGCUUCCAGAUGUGGGGGACAAUCAGAGAUAUAUUUAUCAAUACAGAGAGGAGGAGGAGGAAGAGGAGGCAAAGGUGGGGGAGGAGGUGGACGAGCAUGCAGGAUGUUCGAAGGACCAGUCAAUGAGUCUGCUGUCAGUUCAUAUGGGUUUGGAUGGCGUCUGUCAGCAAAGAAAAGCUUCCCAAAGCCUGGAGGACAUGGAGAAGCAGGGAGAACCGAUGGCCACAGGGAGGCGCUGUAACACCCUGAGUGGAAAGCCUGAGCUGCAGUCUAUGGAGGGAACACUUGAGAGGAAGCACAAGCUGCAGCUGGGAGGAAAGAAAGCCGCCUCCAGAGGCUGGAGCUCCUACCACGCCGUCCUGUACAGACACACCUUGUGCUUCUUCCAGGAUAGAAAGGAUACACUGAGGAGCUCCGCAUGUGGCCUGCCGCUGAACCUCAUGGGAGCUGAGUGUUCACCUGCUCCAGAGUACACCAAAAAACCCAACUGCUUUCGGCUACAGCUCCGUGAUGGGUCCGAAUAUCUGUUCAAUGCCUCCUCGCGCUUUAUGAUGAAGAAAUGGAUGAUGAAGAUACAAGCAAGCACAGUUCAGAGCGAGUCUUCGUUGUCAAGCGUCCCAGUCGAUCAGGACCUCCCUGUUUCCCUAAAGCCCCUCCUCUGCUCCCGUUGUCAUGGUCUCUCCAAGUGCCACUGCUCCCCCCGCCAUGAUGUCACGUCCACAUUCCCCAGACGCAAACCGCCGGGCGCCGCCCAGACCAAAGAGAUUGUUGUCCUCACCAGAGAGUUCAGUCACAUGCAGCAGAGUCAUUUAAGGAGCGUGGAUGAGCAGUCUACCAUGUCAUCAUCAGAUGGAGGCGGCUGCGAUGAUGAAGACAGUUUGAAGCAGACGGUGACUCACUGCCUGCCUGGAGCAUCCAGAGACAACACCUCGUCCUCCCCUCACUCCCCUGUCUCCAGCGGUCAGGACUGGCUCAGCAACAAGCGUCGCUCCCACUCCUUCACAUCAGCAACUUUCCAGAAGAUCAAACCCAUGCUGCACACCCCUGGAGGCAGAGGUUUGGAAACUGGCUCCAACUACUGUGUGACUCUCGUAGUCGGAGACAAAUCGUCAGACGGUGCGUCCACGAGCAGAAGCUCGGAGCCCCCGCUGCUGGCCUCAGCUGGAUGGCAGCAGGACACCUAUCAGGACUCUGCUCUGAGGAGCUACGUCAGCCUGCCGUGGCCACGCAACAAGUCCGUCUUCAAAAAGUUCUUCGGAAAACGGGACCUCUAAAACAAUCUUACUAAAGGGUUUUAUAAAUAGUUUGUGCAGUGCACAUAUUUGUUGAAAAGCAAAAAAAAAUGCUACUACUGACUAUAUUUAUGAUCGGAAGAGCUACCACGGUUUUAUUUUUGAUGUGUUUUAGGUAAAUCACAUAAAUCAAGUCCUUUUAUAAUGAGUGUUUGUAUUGUUUUCUUGUGAAAGGAACAUUACUGUGUGAGUGUGCAUUGUGUAGUUGUAGAUUUGAUUAAUUGUGUCUUCUCGCCAGUCUUAUUUCAAUUUUUUUUCUUUUUCUUUCAGUUUUUGGAUUGUUGUGUGAUUGGGUUAACAGCCUCUGUAUUAAGUAAAGCUACAUGCUCAGUAGAGAAUCAGUUUAGAAUUCACAUUUAGAAAAUAAUACCAGUGAUAUCAUCAUCAGUUAUGACCAAGUAUUAUAACAUUAACUUCACAUGUACAGCGUGUGGUGCACCAGAGAAUUUUCUUCUUUAUACUAAAAGCAGCAGUUUGAUACUGCCUGAGCUUGUUUGAUAUUAACACUUUUUAAAAUACAAACUGUAGCAAAGACUAUUCAUAAUAAAACAUUAAAAAGCAAUGAUUUGCUUCGGCUGUGA